AUGGAUUUAAGUGAUUAUUAUAGAACAUCAAUUAGUUGCAUAAACUCUCAGAAUCAGAAAAGGAGGUCGAAGAUAAUGAAAAGCUUUCGAAAUGGAGCUGUGCAGUCUUUCACAACGAAUAAAGAAUCUGAAAAUAGUGUUCAUGUUAGUUACUUGAUAGCAGAAAAAAUUGGUAAGAGUGAAAAACCCUUUGCUGAUGGAGAAUUUGUAAAAGAAUGUCUUCAGAGUGCAGCUGAUGUGAUUUGUCCAUCACAAGAGGAAUUAGCCAGUGGCAUUGAACUUAAAGGUACAACACAAGGAACAGAUUUGAAUUCGAGUCUGACACUAACUUUGGAUAAAUGUGAGUUAGACUUCAGUAAUGUAUCUGCUAUAACCACGGAUGGUGCUAAAUCUAUGACUGGAGAGAAAAUAGGAGUAACAACGUUACUCAAAUCUAAUGUGAAGGUAAGUGGAAAUAAUACUGUGAUGACUUUCCAAUGCAUCAUCCACCAAGAAAAUUUGUGCAAGAAGCCCUUCUCAAACUUUGAACAUGUGAUGAAUAUUGUUGUAAAAGUGGUUAAUUUUAUUCGGUCUAAAGGACUUCACAGGCAAUUCCAACAGUUCUUGAGUGAUCUGGAAGCUGAAUAUGGUGAUGCUGUGAAUUACGCGGAAGUACUUUGUUUGAGCCGAGGAAAGAUGCUUCAGCGCCUGUUUUCUUUGAAAAGCGAAGUUCAACAGUUCAUGGAAUCUAAAAGAAAAUCAAUUCACGAGUUCAGUGUUGAGAAAUGGUUGAGAGACUUUGCAUUUCUUGUCGAUAUUAUAGGUCAUCUCAGUAAUUUGAACUACCGCUUACUAAGAGAGGAAUCUAAUGUUCAUAAUCUUUAUUACUUUGUGAAUGCUUUUGAGGCAAAAUUAAUCGUGUGGGAAAGUCAGUUGUUAAAUAAGAAUUCCACUCACUUUCCAAAAAUUGAUGGAGUGUUUGAAGAACUCUACAACAUGGAAUUCAAAUAA